GGGAAACUGUCGCCAGUCGCCUUGCCAGGAGACACGGUAUUCUUGUUGCUGAAAGUCUAUGUUUGCCGCGUACGGGUCGCCAAAUUUGUAAAUGUCGGUUACCUGCGCUGGUUUGGACAUGGCGCCGGAAGACUGAUGCGAGAAGGGAUUGCUGCAGCAUUUCAAGUUGUACCGGUGCUGGGAAUGAACGUGAGGUGGUUUGGGAAUUAUCACAUAAAUAAUGAGAAUAGCAAGUCGCGUCGGAGCGUGUCUUCUCUCAGUUUAAGUUUGGAACUUCAUGUAUGGAACCAGCAGCACGUGCACUCAACGAGAAAAAGAGAGGAAAGAGUCACCGUAUGCACUGGGAAUUCCAUCUUAUCAAGCAGGGGUCUACGAACCGGGGCAAUUUUCCACGCGACAUGUGCUGUUGGCGUCCACUCAGAAGGGCGGGAAAAAGCCACAGUGGAGACCCGGAGGAAUUCACGGCGCUCGGCCGGCUCAGGACCCACAAUCGGCCUGACUCCAGGACGCCACAUCGGCCGGAAGCCCAUCGUCAGCACUACUGCUCCGAGUGAUGGUGUGAUGACGGUGAAAAAAGUUUCCAAUGUUCCUCCGAUAGACGCGUGGAGGUGAUGGCUGAGUUCUUGUCGACGUCGACAUAAAGAGGGCGACCCCUUACCCCUUGACUCGAGCCGGGACGACAUACAAACUCAAGCUCCCUAAGUCACCUCCUUGUAUACUGCCU